AUGCGCCGCGCCGUCUGCGAGAUCUCUUCGGCCCGCGCCCGUUUAGACUUGGCCAGCUUCCGGCGAUGGGCGAGAUCCUUGGUCAGGAAUUUGAAAUACCCCCGAUACGUGAGGAGGAGCUCCCUGGCUUCAAUCCUCCGACAUGACCGUACCCAACCCCCCAACCGAUACGAUGUCCUCGUAAUCGGAGGGAGCAACGCCGCCCUGGUGGCCGCCCUCUCCGCCCACCAAGCCGGAGCACGAGUCGCCAUCUUCGAGGCGGCCUUGCAGGCCGCGCGCGGGGGCAACAGUCGCUUCUCCAAAGGGCAGUGCGACCGCGCCCAGCUGGCCGUCAUGCUGUCUGGCGCCUUCGAGACGGUGACCUGGAUGUCCCAGACCCUGGGGGUCAAGUGGCAGCUGCCGCUGGGCAAGUUCUUCGACCGUGAGAAGAUCAUCCGCGCGCAGGCGACGGUGGACAUGCCGCCGUGGGACACAAUCAUGGCGAUUGGCGAGGGAAUGGGGCUCAUGGCCGACCUGUGGGCCGCCGUGGAGCAACGCCCCGAGAUCACCGUCUUCCACUCCGCGCCUGUGGCGGAUCUAAUCGCCGAGGGGGACACCAUCCGGGGCCUCCGCGUGCGCCACCGCGAGACCACCGCGGAGUAUUUCGGGCAGGUCAUCCUGGGCUGCGGCGGGUUUGAGGCGUCCGCCCGGCUGCGCCGGCAGUACCUGGGCGAAGGGUGGGAUCCUGUCUCGCUGCGGGGCGGUCGCUUCAACACGGGGAGGAUGAUGGAGAAGGCCGUGGCGGCCGGGAUGCUCGACCCCUCGGACCGCGACAAGAUGAGCCGCUACAGCUUCCCCUACUCCGUGUUAGUCAACACCGAGGGCCGUCGCUUCCUCGACGAAGGGGAGGACCAUUUCAGCCUGACCUACGCGAAGACCGGCGCCGCCAUCGUCCGCCAGCCCCAGGCCACCGCCUUCCAGGUCUUCGAUCAGAAGACCCUUCACCUGCUCGAGCCGCGUUACGCGACCUCCAAGCCCAUCCACGCCGACACCCUGCCAGAAUUGGCGCAGAAGAUGGGGGUCGAUGCGACCAAUUUUGCGGAGACGAUUCGCCAGUACAACGCCGCCACGCCCCCGGAUGCGGUCAAGAAGUUCAAUGCUUUCACCCUCGAUCAUGUCUCUACAGGCACUGCGCUGGCCAUUCCGAAGAGUGACUGGGCUCUGCCCAUCAACCAGGGCCCGUUCGUGGCCUAUGGCGUCACGUGUGGCAUCACGUUCACCUACGGCGGGUUGCGCACGGAUGAUGCGGCGCACGUCUUGAAUGAGGAGGGGCUUGUCAUGCCGGGUCUCUGGGCGGUUGGAGAAAUUUCUGGGGGCUUCUUCGCCUUCAAUUAUCCGGGGGGCUCGGGUUGA